UUUGGUUUUCUGAGGCAGGCAGCACUGUGUGUGCGUGUGUGUGAGUGUGCACGCACGUGUCUGUGUGUCUUGUUUUCUUGCCUUCUCUCUCGGAGGGAGGCCAGGCCCCCGCUGGAUAAUAAAAGGACUCAGAGGAGGGCAGAGCAAGGCCGGUGCACGGCAGGACAGACAGACAGGGCAGUGUGUGGGCAAAAGAGAGGAGGAAGGAAGGGAAGGGAAACAGAGGUGAGGGGUGUCGGGGCGGGAGCGGGGGGCGGUGGAGGAAGCCGCAGCUGUGGUGUUUGGAGCAAGUAUAAAUAGCCGCCUGGACACGGCGCUCGGCCGAGCGGGGUCUGCAGCCGCGGCUCUGCGGGCAGGCCUGUCCACGCUCGGCCACACAGCACAUCCCGGGCACGCAGGGGGCGCUGGCAGGCAGAGUCCCUAGGGGCUCUGACCAGACACCCCUUGCCAUCGCCACAUCUCUGGAUGCCCUCCUGGCCAGCCAUGCUGCUGGGCAGCCUCCUCCUUAUGGUGGCCACCGUGACUGCAGCCCAGCGGAGAGGGCAGGAGGCGGGCGGGCGCCGGCGGGCGCACCGCGUCCAGCACGGCCAGUGCAGCUACACCUUCGUGCUGCCCGAGCCCUGCGCAUCCGAGCCUGAGGCCUUCGGGGGCUCCAACAGCCUCCAGAGGGACUCGCCGGCCGCCGCCACACUGAACCUCGGGGACUGGUCAGCCCAGCGGGUGCGGCAGCUGGAGAAGAUGCUGGAGAACAACACGCAGUGGCUGCAGAAGCUAGAAAGGUACAUCCAGAUGAGCUUGAGGUCGGAGCUGGCGCAGGCCCAGCGGCACAUGGUCCAGAACCAGACGGCCACCAUGCUGGAGCUGGGCACCAGCCUCCUCAACCAGACCACCGCCCAGACCCGCAAGCUGACCAGCGUGGAGGCUCAGGUCCUGAACCAGACAUCACGAAUGGAGAUCCAGCUGCUGGAGACCUCACUGUCCACUAACAAGCUGGAGAAGCAGCUGCUGCUGCAGGGCCACGAGCUCCACCGGCUGCAGGGCCAAAACAGCGCCCUGGAGACGCGGGUGCAGGCCCUGGAGACGCAGCAGCAGGCGGAGCUGGCCAGCCUCCGCGGCGAGAAGGAGCGGCUGCGGCGCCUGCUGGGCCGCCAGAGCGGCGCCCUCGCCGGCCUCGAGCGCAGCCUGCGCGCCGCCAGCAGCAACUCCAGUCUCCUGCAGCGCCAGCAACGCCAGCUGCUGGAGUCGGUGCAGCGCCUGGUGCGCGUCGUGGCCCAGGGCCCGGCCUCCCUGAGGGCAGCCGAGCAGGUGUUCCAGGACUGUGCAGAGAUCCAGCGCUUCGGGGCCAAUGCCAGUGGCGUCUACACCAUCCACGUGGCCAAUGUGACGGAGCCCAGGAAGGUGUUCUGUGACAUGGAGGCCAAUGGAGGCGGGUGGACCCUCAUCCAGCGCCGAGAGAAUGGCAGCGUGAAUUUCCAGCGGAACUGGAAGGAUUACAAACAGGGCUUCGGUGAUCCGGCUGGGGAGCACUGGCUGGGAAAUGAAGUGGUGCACCAGCUCACCAGCAGGGCAGCCUACUCUCUGCGUGUGGAGCUGCAAGACUGGGAAGGCAACGAGGCCUACGCCCAGUAUGACCACUUCCAGCUGGGCAGUGAGGGGCAGCUGUACAGGCUUUCUCUGAGUGGAUACAGCGGCUCAGCAGGGCGCCAGAGCAGCCUGGUCCUGCAAGGCACCAACUUCAGCACCCGCGACGCCGACAAUGACAACUGUCUCUGCAAGUGCGCCCAGAUGCUAUCUGGAGGGCCCCAGCUACUCGCUGCGCGCCACGCGCAUGAUGCUGCGUCCCGCGGCCGUCUAACCAGCAGCCGCGCCUGGAGGCUGGACCGCAGGAGGAGCCGUGGCUCGGGAUCCCCUGGACGAGCUGGACCCAAAUGCAGACCACAGUGCUGGGGCCUUGUCCUGGACCUCCUGGGUCUCCCCAGCCAGCCCUCGUCGCCCCCCGAGUCCAGAAGAGUCCGCCGCCUCCCAGUUCCCCUCAAGUUAUGAAACGGUGGCCUUUGGGGGAUCCUGCCUCUGCAGCGUCCUUCUUUCCUCUUCCCUCCUGUCUCCGGCAGGGGCCGCCUGCUCCUGAGGUCACAGUACCCUGAAUGAGCUGAGAACAGGCUUAACUUGGCUCCUCAAAGGUAUACCUGACUGACGGUGGGAUUUCAGAUGCGAAGGUAUAUACAGGCAGGAAACGGCCCAGAUCAAGGCCCAGAUUCCGUCCCUGGGGCCGGUGGGAAGGCCAUCUCCUGUUCCAGGCUUUCUCAGCCUUGAGAUGUCCUUGAACCUCUGUUCAAGGCUGAAAAGGCUGUGUCCACCGCAUAGUGGAAUCAUUAUUUCCACCCCACGCUGUCCACCCCUCUGAGGCCCGGCAUCUGGAGCUCAGACCUGGUCUCUCAGGGGCUGCAAGAGCUCUAAGGGGGUUCCUUUAGCCCUAGCAUGUCCUAGAACGUGUUCCAGAGACAAUAACUCCGGCUCCACUCUAAAAGCACUUAGGGUCAAGUGAGAGAGGGAAACACCAGGUUAGAUCAGUGUGAACCGGCAUUUUUAUCUGCAGAACUUGUCAGAGCCUUUAAUGUGGCCAUGUGCCUUGUGACUGCCCGUGAAAGAGUUAGAGUGGGCAGCCUUCUCCAAAUGUGCUUGUUUGAAAAAUGGGUCCUGUUUAUCCCAGAGCAUCUCUUGGGGCUGUGGAUGCCCCUGGAAAAAGCUGGUCCCUGCGCAUCAUGAGGAGGAGCCCCAGGGCCCCAUUCCUCACCCCUAUCUGUACUCACCCUCUCUGGCUACAAGGACCACAGUUACGGUCUCACAGCCUCUGAAAACCACUGGAAGGGAGCUUUGGGUUAGAGCAGAUGCACGCCGCCCCUGAAGAAGGGUCCGGGACUAAGCUCCCUGUCUGCGCUGUGGACCGGGGUCCUUCUAGGCUCCUUCUGGGCCUGGGGCUGCCCCCUGGCACUCCCUGUAACCCCAGCUCACCCUCGCUCGAGUUCAGGCACUGCUGGGGACUGUCCCCUCUGCCUUGUGCAGAGCACCACUCGCGGUCUGGAUCCUUCCUGCCUCCCAGCCGGAACCCCCAGCCCCUCCUCCUGCCCUGUCCAGCAGGGAUGCUGCAGCUGGGGGUCCACUGGAGGGAGGAGUGUGGGAGAGACUGGGCCUCUGCCUGAGCUGGGGCUCCUCCUGAGCUGCUUUCAGAGGACGAGGUCAGAGAGGGCCACCGCCAUCCACCCCGCUUCACUGUGUCACCCUCCUCUGUCCUGAUGAGGCCACCACGGUCCUGUCAUCUUCAGCCAACACCUGGGCCCUGCCAGGACCGACCUGCCCUGCCGCUAGGAUGCACCUGUGUCUUCAGCAGGUUUUCUCCCGGGUGAGGCUGGGGUGGUGGGAAUAGGGCACCUUCGUUCCACCUGGCUCUGCCCCCAAGUCCCAGCUCAGCCAGUGCCCCCAGUAAACCCGGCACGGACUAAGGCUGACUUCCGUCGGGAGAACUGAAGGAUGUGGUUGCUAAUGGUGGCAUCUCAGGCAGGAGGGGAAAGUACAUAGGGGUGGGUUGCGGCCCAGAAGGCUCACCCUGCCUUACACAGCGUUUGCCACGGGCCUUUAGGUAACGCCUGCUGUGUGCAGUGUGGCACGUGGAGCCUUGCAGCUGGACAGACCUGCUCCAGCUCUUGGACUCGAGGCCGGUGGCUCAGCCUCUCAGGGCCUCAGUUGUCCCGUCUGUGAAGUGGAGAUAAUGAUACUCCCUCCUCGCUGGGCUGUGGCAAGGAGGAAAUGAGACCCGUAUGUCAGCUUCCUAACAGGGCCUGGCGUGAAGCAGGUGCCUAAUAAAUGUUAGUUCCCAGAGAGGUGAGUGGGGUGUAUGCCACCCCUUCUCCUGGGCCCAGGUGGGUAAGCAUUUAUUUUUACAUCCCCAGCACUUACUUUUGCCCAGCAGGGUUUAUAGGCUGGCUGUGUGCUGGAGAGGAGGUGAGGGCAAAGCCGUGAGCCCCAGGGACAGACUCCUCUGCAUGCGGUGAAGGCCCGAAUCCCUGAUGGCACUCCAGUUUCCUAAAAAAGGCUAAGAAGCUGAUUUGGGUCACCCCCAGACACCUGUUCUUAAAUAGUCCUCCUUCCUUCUUAUUUUCCAUCUAUGCCAGGACUCUCCAGUGCAAGGAAUAGAAACUAUCCUAAGGAGUGGAUUGCCUCACAUAGUGGGAGGUCUAGGGCCAGAUUCAGGCAUGGUUAGAUCCAGGGGCUCAAAUGAUGUCCCUCUCCACCCCCGGCCCCGCCAUCUGCUAUGCUGACUUCAUUUUCAGUCAUGUUCUCUCCUGACAAGACGGCCCCACCAGCCCCAGGCUCAUGUCCUCCCAGCUGAGCAUCCCUAAGAUGGAGAGGUCCUCUGUCCCAGUGGCUCUAGCAAAGCCCUGGUUCUCUCCAGCCAGGACGGUCCUGUGCCCAUCCCUGCACUUACCACUGUGAUUCUCAUUGACCCGAUCUGGGUCACGUGAUCGUGCCUGGAACCAGGGGUUGGGGUCAGUCCCACCCAAGUCAUGUCGACUAGCAGUGGGGAAACUGAGGUGCUGUUUCAGGAAGCAGUGAUGCUGGCCAGGCAAGAACCGUGGUCCCUUUCUCCUUCCGUCUCUCUGACUCCCAUCUCUCUUCUCUCCGUCUCUGCCCCCGCUCACACCCUCCCUGGCCCCAGGCUCUGGCUUGUCCCCAGGUUACCCCUGACUAUUAGGGGCACAGCUGUGUCCUGCCCAGAGACGUCAGACCUUGGUUCCUCGUUCACAGUCCUGGCUCUGCCCCUGGGGCAGAGCCCCUGGCUCUCUCGGAGCCUCCGUUUCCCAGCUGUGCAGUAAGUACGGAGCAACUGCACACCUCUAAAAGCCCACUGACAGUGACACUGACUCACAGAGGCUGCAGACAAGACCAGCUGGAGGCCCCCCAGUGGACAAGGCCCUGUGGGGACAUAGCUCAUGUGGCCUGGGCCCUGGCCUUGGCAGGGUCUCCUGGGGGCCGCUGCUCAUAAGAACUGGCUUCUGAGCUAUCUGCAUCUGCAGGUUCCUACAGAAUCCUUGUCACCUCUCUACGUCAGACCAGUGUUCUCCCCAUUCUAGAGAUGAAGAAAUUAGAGCUCAGAGAGGGAAAGGGUUUCCUCCAAGACAGCACAGCCAAUCACCCCCUCCAGUGCGUCUACAUCUAUGAGCUGCCUCCCUCAUCCAGAGCUCUCUGGAGGCAUCUUGGCACCAACCACAGAAAUGCUGGGCUGGUGUCCUCUCCACCCAUAUCAAGGGCUGAAGAACAUUCUGGAAAGCUCUCUUUCUCUGGAGAAAGACCAGUCUGUCUUUCUCAUUGGCACCUGGAAGGUCUUGAUGGAGCCAGAUGGGCAGAACACAUUGUUCCCAAGAUCUCUGCAUGUUCCCAGCGAAAACGAUUUCCACCAGGGGAGAGAGCUCCCUGUGCACACUCCAGGGCUGACAUCCAUGGGCGAGGUAGAAGGCAGGCCCUGGCAAGGGGUGGGGGAGCAGCCAGCAUCAGGGGGGUUUGUCUCUUUGGCUGGAGCAUUUAGCCCCUUUCUCCAGAUUUUCUUCCCCCUCGGAGUCUGUGUGAGCCUUCACCUCUCCCAUUUAAAGAUGCUUCAGAAAGCUAACAGCGUUGCCUUGGCAACACCAGCAUCAGCAUCCUUUGAUGGAGCAGCCCGUCAGGGAAUGGAGUCUGGUCCAGGCCACAUCCAGCAUAAGGGCGUUACUUUCUUGUGUUACAUUAACAUGGGCUUGCAUAGCUGAGGUUCUCGUGUGUGGGGCACACAGCGUUUAGCGUCCAACACAUUCCUGCCCUGCCCUGUGAGACCUCUCUGAGCCUCUUUCCGCAUCCGCAUAACGGGGAGCUGGAAUCUAGUUCACGGGGAAGUGAUGUGAGUUCAGUAUGAGGGUGGACAUCCAGGCCUGGUUCAUUCAUUUAUGCGUUUAUUCAUUUAUGCAUGCAUUCAUUCAUUCACAUAGCAAGUGUGUAUUGAGGACCUGCCUGGACCAAGGCCUGGCUGGGUGAUGGGGAUGGAGCAGUGACUAAGACAGACAUCCACAGUGCUGUACUCAUAGAGCUUAACUGGCUAGAGGGAGAGAUUGGCCAAAACCUCAUUUUUUUCAAAAUUUGAAAAACUAACAAUAUAUUGUAAAUGAAGAAAAUAAACAGGAGGUAGAGAUAAGAGAUUGGAGAGAGUCCACCUUAGGGGGAUCAGGGACAGCCUCUCUGAGGGGGUGAUACUUAAAUGGAGGAUGAACAAGGUGAGAAAGAGGCAGCCAGGUGGAGCGGUGUGGGAGGAGUAGGCCCAUAGAUGGGGCAGCAUGUGCAAAGGCCCUGAGGUGGUCACAAGGAGCUCCCAGGAGGCCAGAGUGGCUGGAGCACAGCAAGUGGGGGAGAGUGCUGGAGAAUGUGCCCUCUGAGCACCUACAUCACAGACAGAAUCCCCACCCCAAGGCCCGCCAAGGACUGGAUCCAGCCGCCUCUCUGUGUGGAGCUGCCCCUCUCUAGACCUGUUUCCCAGUCUGUAAAAUGCGGGAGAGGGAUCACCUUUGUCUGAGAGUCACCCAGAUCCUAUGACUGUAUAAAUCUGUGUCAAGGGCCUUGUUGUGUCCACCGCCCCGAGCCAGGCGCCACUGGGAGAGUCAGAGGGAGGAAGAGGAAAUCAGGGCUUGCCCUCAGGCUGAGUGGAGGUUAGGAGAGUCUCCUACAGGGGGUCCGCCAGCGGGACUCCGGCGAACACAGGGCACUGACCUCACGCCUCCCCCGUGCUGCUUCCACGUGCACCAUCUCUGAGUCCCGGUGGGUUCUAUUAUGACCUCCAUUUUACAGAUGUGGAAACUGAGGCUCAGAGAAGUAAAGUGCCUCGCCUAAGGUCACACAGUGAUGGGGUACAGGCUAAACUGCUAUAACAAAAAGACCCCAAAACUCGGUGGGUCAAAUAUUUCUCUUCCGUGUAAGUCUGGAGUUGAGUCCAUGGCUAGUGGGUGGCUCUGCCAUCCUCAGCCAUAGCUUCCCUCUCUGGGGCCAGGGCAGCUGCCCCCAAAGGUGCCAUUUCUCAGCUGGCAGGAAGGGAACCAGGGCAUCUGGCACUGCUUCCCCUCCAACCCCCACCCCCUCACCUUGGCCUCAUCUGCCUGGAAGAGCCCAGCAGCCUCCCAAGAGGGCAUCAUCUCCAGGUUUGCACCCUCUUGGCCUACAGUCAUGUCACUUCCCCUGCCUGGAGCCUUCAGUGGCUCCCCAGUACCCUGAGCACAAAGUCUAACACUCAGCUUGCACUCAGGGCCCUUCAUCACCUAGCUCAAUCCUUCUCCAGCCCCACCUCUGCUCCAGGGUGUCUAAAACUGGGGUUCAGAAGCUUCAAGCCUGAAGCAUUCCUUCUGGAGAAAGGGUCCCAGAGGGCCAUCGGUUGUCCUGGGAGAAGUGCCCGUGUCCACUUGACCUUUAUGUGGCAUGGAACGCAGGGCCCAGCGUGCAGUGGCAGCUCUCUGUAAGGGGCAUGGUUUAUUGGUUCAGCCCGCAGGUUCUGCAGAGAGCUGGGUCCAGGUCCCACUUCUGCCCUUCCAGGGAGGACAGGAGAGCCUCCAAAAUCCCCGCGACGGCCGAGCGGCUUGUACGGCACCUGGGACGGGGCCCGUGCGCCGUGAGCUCUCUGCGAUGUUGUCUCCGGCUGUUUCUCUAUGCCAGGCACCUCAUGAAGAACUUCCCUUAGAACAUCCGUGGAAGCCCCAUUACCCUGUGGGAUAGGUACUCUCACCAGCUCCCCCUUUCGUGGGGAUGAGGAAGCCAAGGCCCAGAGAAGCAAAGUCACUUGGCCAAACUCACACAGCAAGGGGUCACGGAGGUGGCUUUGGACCUGCUUCCAGAGCGUGUUCACCGUGAUCUUAGGUUCCCUGUGACCAAAGUUAAAGUUAAGAAAAUAAAUAAAUACAUAAGCAACUGCCGAGUUCAAGCUGGCCAGUGCUUGAAUGUCACACAGGAAGAUAAAGGCCGGUGUCCCCACUGGACCCUCCUGGGGCAGGGACGGGACCUUCCUUCCUGCUUCUGACUUCCUGACUCCCUGGCCUCAGAGCACAUGGGCCAUCGUGCCACCCCAGCUCUGUUCCGAGUAGGACUGAGCAUCCUCCUUGGCCUCCCCGCUGUGCACUGGGUGGGAGAGGGGCAGGGCAGGCCACACUGUCUGAUUCUAGUCUGGGGAGCCCUGGAGGCCCCUGGCCAGCUGAGCCCCUUCCCUCAGCCUUCACCUGCCCCCUGGCGCUGGAAGAGGCAUCAGGACCACUGUCACCCGGGCCUGGCUGUGUCCGCAAAUCCCAGGGGACUGGACUGACCCCUUCCUUGUCUGGGCCUCACUCUCCUCAGCUGUAAAUUGGGAGUGAGCAGCCCAGCCCUGCUUGCUUCACAUGGUUGCCCUGAGACUCAAAUAAGAUGUCCCUUCCCUCAACAAGCAUUUAUUGAGUACCUACUACGUGCCAGCAACUGUGCUAGGCACUGGGGACAGGGCCAUGAACGAGACAGACCGACCCCUGCCCUAAGGUGCUUACCGUCUGCAGUGGAUGGAGGAGCAGAAGUUAAUCAGAAAACAAAAAGUACAAUGGGAAUGUGACAGAGCUGCCGUACGGUGCGGCUGGAGCAGGGGCGCCAACCAGCCGGGAAGGCAUCCUUGAAUAACAAGGAGGGGUCAGGGGAAGAGGAAAAAGAGGGAACAGCAUAUGCAAAGGCCCAGGGGCUGGCCCAGGGAAAAGCUUCGGAGAGUCAGGAAGGGGCAGAGGCCAGAGCUCUGGUAGGGGCUGAGGUAGGCAGGGCCUUGGGUGCCGGGCUGAGAAGAGAACACAAGAAGAUGUGGUCUACACAGCAGGAAGCCAGGGCCAUGGGGAAGCCCAGAGGCUGCAGGCUUUCCCACCCUCCAGUGUGAGUGUGUAACCUUGAGCAACUUAUUCCCCUCUCAGAACCUGAGUUUUCACUCCCAGUGAAACAGGAAUCACCAUACCUGUCCUGCCGAGGCUUUAGAGAAAAUCUACCUGCUGUAUUUGGAAGACCCAGCCCCCUGCAAACGCCACUCCAUGCAUGGUGACCACUGUUAUUCCCAACGUGGCCUCUCAUCAUGGAGCAUUUCUGCGUUUUCCCAUCACCUCCUGUUUCUUGAACAUCUGUCAUCAGGGAAACUCGGUAGCACACAAGUGGGAGUGGACCCCAAAGGUUUGAGGGAAAUAUGUAAACUUAGAGAGGCCAAGCCAUCCAUUUGUUCUUGUUGUUUGGGGAAGGACCCCAGGGUUCCACAGGAACCUAGUCUGAGAACAACAACCCAACAGAAAGGUCAGGGAGGGUGCAGCGAGCCUGACUCCUGUGCAGCAGGUUCUGGUGACCCCAACAGAAGCCAGAGAGCAUGGGACACGUUAGCCCCCAACUGGAAAGGCCAGACGGGAUGGAUCACCGGUGGUAAAUGCACACCACGGGAGGGAGUCCUCACGGGAAGGGGGCGAGGGCAGCUUUGGGGUGCCAGGAAUGUUCGUUUCUGGACCCAAGUGAGAUUUACACACACAUGUUUGGUUUGUGCAAAUCUGUCAAGCUGUCCGUUUAUUUGCGCAUUUUUCUCCGUGUGUGUUUCUCUGUUUGCACACAGGUAUGUUGCGGGGGGCAGGCGUUAGACGUGAACGAAUAUGCCGUAAACACAAAGAAAGCUACAUGGGGAAAAAGAAGAGUUUAGAGAGGAAUUCGGCAACAGCUAACAAAAUUACGUACGCGUUUACCCUUUGACAUGGUAAUCCUCAUUUGCAGGAAUCUGCUCUGAACGUACAGAUUAUACACACAGAGUUAGUCAUUGCAGCUCCAUUUGUGUUCACAAAAGAUUGGAACCAACCCAAAUGAAUAAACUGCGGCCCGUUUAUUUCUGCUCAUUGCACUCGCCCAGUCGCACGAUUCUGGAGGUCAGGAAUUCAAACGGGGCCGAGUGGGGAUGGCUUAUCUCUGCUCCACGAGGGCUGGGCUCGACGCAGGCGUCUGGAAGUUUGGGUGCGGUGUGGGGAAGGCCGGCAGAGGCGGGAAUGGAAUCCUCUGGAGGUUUAUUUCUGUCACUCGGCUGGGGUGACUCAAAGGCUGGGCUUGGGUAGGGCUGUAGACCGGGGCACCCACACACGCCCUUUCCCUGGGGGUUGGGUCCUCACAACAUGGCGACUGGGUUCUGAGACGAAGCGUCCUGACAGCAAGCUUCCAAGCCGGGCCAGCAACACAAUACGGGGCCCCUUGUCCAGAAAGUAGGGAAAAAGUGCCAGUGUAGAUAUGGAAUAAAAAGUCUCUCCUUUCUUUUAAUCCCUGUCUCGUCUUGUCAUGGUGUUUUUAAUUUACUACUAAAUGUUAUUCUAAGUAAAGAAAAACGAAGAUGUUAAAUGAUUAGCAUGAAUUUUACUAUUCAUCGUCCUAUUGUGCAAUGUCAGUUUUAAAUGCCAGUGGAAGAGCAUUAACUCGUAUGUGGAAUCACUGAAAUGACCCCACCGGGAUUUCACAACUCAUCCUCGUGCAUUUCAUCCUCGCCAGGACAGCGGACCUGCUGCCCCAAACUGACACGACUGUUUUUAUCUCACUUCUUGGUAGUCACGCCUUCUGCCAAGACUCCCGGCUUCCUACUUACCGAUGAGUAAGGACAGGAAGGGGAACAGUGCUGUGCCCCGUGUCUCAUCAUUUUCAGUGUAAUCGGUUGGCUGAUACAGAGAAGUGACAUCGAUAAGAAAGGAUAUGACAAGGUUGCCGGGUGGUCUGAGUUCCUUAGAACACCACUGGCUUUGUCUCCGUGACCAAAGGAAAUCCUGGUUCGAACAGAAAGCGUGGCCUCUGGGCUGCGCCCCUACUUACUCGAUCUGAGAUGCCACAUGCUCACCUUGUGCUCACCGGAGUCUCGCUGAAUGACCCUGCACUGUGGGGCCACCAGAGCUCCCUGCUCGUGGGACGCUGUGAACACGCUGUGUGGAUGGCGGACACCCAGACUGCGUUUAUCUCUUCCGCUCACAUGCACGCUCCAUUGUCCGUCGGAAUUCACUUCCAACACACAAGUCCAAAGAUAAAACUGCUAAGAAUUUCGAGAUGUGACAGCAGAGCAUUAAAACAAGAGAGGAGCCCUUCUGAGCACAGGGCCCACACACAAGGUAAGCGUGUCACGGACGCCGUGCAGCAGCAUCACAGACGCGUGUACUGAUAGGGUGGCAAGGAACUGGGGCACCCGUGUCCUCUGCAUUGCGCAUGCUCCAUUGUCCCAUCAGACUUUACUCACAAAACAAGGUCAAAGAUAAAAUCGCUAAGAAUUUCAGGACUGCGGCAGAGCAUUGACACAAGUGAAUGACCCUCUGAGCACAGGGCCCUGUGCAGCUAAGUGAGUCACACGCCCGUGAAGCCAGUCUUGGUUCCGAGCCAAACUGGAAGAAGCCACAUGGUCUUUUCUGACCUGGUGUGGUAAACAACUUUAUAAAAGCAUCACUCUGCCCUGUUCUGCUGGUCAAAGGCGUCUCUGAGCCCCAGCCCCAAUUUGCGGAGUGCGGGUAGAGGCAGGGGGACGGUGACAGACCCCACCUCUCGCUGUGUGUCAAAGAAUGUACGGCCUUUUAAAAAAAACCACACACACACACCACUUCUGGGUAAUAAUGUGCCCAUAUAAAGGUCACAUUUCCCAGAUUCUCUUGAUGUUAAGGUAUGGCAUGUGACCAUGUUCUGGGAAAUGAUAUGUAAGAAGAGAUGUCAUGUUAGGAAAAUGGGAAUGCUGACCCAACCAGAAGGUGGACCCCUUUGUUCUCCCCUUUCCUUUUACCUGAGAUGUAGGUGUGAUGGUUGGAGCACCAGCAGCUUGCACCAUGAGGCGAGUCUGAGGAUUGAAGCCACAAACGGGGCUGGCAGGGUGGGACAAUAGAAGAAGCUUAGAUUUCUUUUGAUUGUGGAGCUGCCACACCAGCCCUGGGCCAACUUACACAAGAGAGAUACAAACUUUUAUCUUGUUUAAGCCACUGUUGUUGGGAUUAAAAUCUUAAGUGAUACACAUUUUUCCCAGGGGCUUGUGGGAAGACAUGAGAUCCCAAGAAAGGAACCCAGAAUCUGCCC